UCUCAUCGGAUCCACAUAGCAAAAGCAAAAUAUCAUCGAACAUUAAAUAAUCUCACUAUCAAUGGCGGAUGCAGGUGUCAGGUAUGCAUUAGUCACAGGUGGGAACAAAGGAAUCGGUUUGGAGAUAUGUAAGCAGUUAGCUUCCAAAGGAAUUACAGUGAUAUUAACUUCAAGGGAUGAGAAGAGAGGCCUUGAAGCACUGCAAAUGCUCAAGGACUCUGGUCUCUCUCAUCAUGUGGAUUUUCUUCAACUCAAUGUCGUCGAAACUGCAAGCAUCGCUGCUGCUGCCCAAUUCCUCACCACAAAAUAUGGGAGGCUUGACAUUCUGGUGAACAAUGUAGGCGUAUUAGGAGUAGGACUGGAGGGAGAUGUUUCAAUUCUUCAAGAGGUGGUAGAAGCAAUUGCUGAGGCUGUCUUUGCUAACUCAAAGGCUGAGACGUCGAUGAAAGCAAGUGGAACUAUAAUCCAGACAUACGAGGCUGCACAAGAGUGCUUGCAGACAAACUUCAACGGUGUAAAGAGAGUGACAGAAGCCUUCAUCCCUCUCCUCCAACUAUCUGAUUCACCAACUAUUGUCAAUGUCUCCUCCAUAGUAGGCCACCUUCAGCACUUGCGGAAUGAGCGCGCGAAAGCCGUGUUGACCAACGAGGCGGGGCUGACAGAAGAGAGCAUUGAUGAGGUGGUGCAAGAAUUCCUCACUGAUUUCAAAGAGGAAAGAUUGGAAGAGAACAAAUGGCUGAGUCAUGGUGCGGCCUAUCAAGUCUCUAAGGCAGCUUUGAAUGCAUACACAAAAGUGUUGGCUAAGAGGCACACUGAUUUCAUCAUCAACAGCCUCUGCCCUGGCUUUGCAAGAACGGAUUUAACUGGCAAUCUCGGGGCCAUCAGCGCCGAGGAGGCUGCUCAGAGGGUGGUGAAAGUGGCGCUGCUGCCUCGUGGAGGGCCGUCGGGCGCCUUCUUUUAUGACAAGGAUGUGUAUGGUGUUGCAGUGUUGCUACUUGAUGGAUAGUGACUCUGUGUGGAAGACUAGUCAUCGCCAUUAUAGUAAAGGAUGAAUAUAUGAUAUACGGAUAUACCUUUCCCUAUAAUAUAAAGUAUAAAAUGCUCUAUAAUUUAUUAACAA